UCUCCGUUUAUUUUUUCUUCAGAAUUUGUAAAAAUUUUUAUAUUCUUAUUUUAACUUUUAUCUUCUUUAUUUUUAUAUAUUUAUUUUUUUCCUUCUUAUUGACUAUAUAUACACAUUAAAAAUCCACUUUUAUAAUUUUUUUUUCUUCUUUCGCUCAAGGCCUCUUAGCCGCCGCGAGUCUAUAUAUAUGCUACUCAUGUAUGAUUGAACAAAAUAUGUAGAUGAAUAUUAAUACACAUAUAGUCAAAAUCACUGUCUACUCUCUCUGAAGCUCUUCAGCUUUAACAAUGGCAAUGAAGAAACUAGAGGGCAAAGUAGCCAUAAUCACCGGGGGCGCCAGCGGCAUCGGCGAGGAAACGGCCCGUGUUUUUGCCGAUAACGGCGCACGUGCGGUUGUGAUCGCCGACAUCCUAGACGAGCAAGGCCGCCGUGUGGCCAAGGCUAUCGGCCCAAAAUGCAGCUACGUCCACUGCGACGUGACCGACGAAGACCAAGUCAAAGACAUGGUGGAAUCAACGGUCCAGAUUCACGGCCAGCUGGACAUUAUGUUCAGCAACGCGGGCGUAUUCAGUGACUCCGAUCAGACCGUUCUUGACCUUGACUUCUCUGAAUUCGACCGUAUAUUGGCCAUCAACGCGCGCGGCAUGGCAGCCUGCGUGAAGCAUGCGGCGCGUGUGAUGGUGGAGCGGCGCGUGAGAGGCAGCAUCGUGUGCUCGUCCAGCGUGGCGGGUAGUAAAGGUGCGAAGAAAGGGACCGAUUACUACAUGUCCAAGCACGCAGUGAUUGGGUUGGCCCGGUCAGCUAGCCGGCAGCUCGGGGAGCACGGGAUUAGGGUGAAUAGUGUGUCGGCGUACGGGGUGGCGACGCCUAUGGUGUGCAAGUCGUUCGGGAUGGAGGCGGAAGAUGUGGAGAAGGUUUUUGAGUCGUUCGCGAGCUUGAAAGGGAUUGCACUGAAAGUGAAACAUGUUGCUGAUGCUGUGUUGUUCCUUGCCUCCGAUGACUCCGCAUUCAUCUCCGGCCAUGACCUUCUCGUCGACGGCGGGGUGUGCACAGCGGCUUCUUGGUCUUGAUAGUCAGCUUUCUUGUUCAAGUGAGAGUUUCAGAAUAAUUAAAAUAAUAUGUUUCUAAAUAGUAGGUCAAGAUUGACAUCUGGGCUUGGGCCCUUGGUGCACCAAGGUUAGGUCUCUAAACACACAACCCGUUCCAGCUUGAACUUGGCCCUCCAAAGAAACAUUCUAAUGAUGAUAAAUAAAAUUUUAAUUCACUAUGUUUAAUGUCUGACAUAA